AGAGGAUGAACAAAAAAUAAUGGCUUGGAUGCUAAAUCAUGGACAUAUCCUAUUCUCCCAAAGUGAUGAAUUGCUGAGAAAAAGCAGGAAUCUCAGUUUCAUUCUGACAGAAAAGGGUGAACGCAAAACACCUUCAAGUGUUUUUGAUCCCACAAACAAACGUUCCUAGAUCUUUUUGAGGAAGACUUCUUCCCACUGCAAGUUUAUAGGUCAACAAAGAUGCUAGAAAGCUUGAAACAACUUGGUCUACAGACAAAAGAAGAAGAAUUGUCACCAGCAAAUAUACUUCAUGUCGCCUCACAAAUUCAGAAGCUCCAAAUCGACUCACGAAAGAGAGCUUUUAAAAAGGCUGAUGUUCUGGUAAGGAUAUUGAACGGAAAUGACUUGCUAUCAAAUUUCUCUGAGGGUAAGAGACAAGAACUUAUUCAGUUGCAAUGGGUUCCUUGUGAAAGUCCAAAUCCAAACAAAAGUAAAAAAAGCCAGGAGAGGUAUCUCUACAAGCCAACUGAAAUAAGGGCUUCAAAAUAUUCUGCAAUUGUGGGACAUGUCAUGCCACUUGCUUCAGACCUAAAUGAGAGUAUCUGUCAAAAACGUGACCUUUAUAGUCCUCCUCCGGCUGAAAAGGUCUUGGAGAAUCUGUGUGUACUGAUAUCAUUAGCUCCAACGAUGGUCAGCCCAGAUUCAGAUUACGAAUUCAAAAACAAGCUGCACAGCACAUACAAAUUCAUGCAAGAAAACACUGAACAUUUCAGUAGGGAGAUGAACAAUGAAUGCAUUCCUUGGCUCUGGAGCCAGACUGAAUUUGUGUCACCACGGGAAGUAGUGCUCACAUUUCCAGCUGAACUGGAUCUUAGCCUUUACAUCAAGAAGGUGGCAGAUGAAUUUUUACAAUAUGAAGACCUCCUAAGAGAGUGUGGUGUAAAAGAAAUACUUUCUGAUGCAGAAAUUGAAGCCAUACUCAGUGACAUUAAAGAGAACAUUGAUGACAGAACUCCACCUUAUGGAGAGCCCUCUGAACUUAAAGUGUCAACAGCCAUCCUCGACUGGAUGCGAAAAAAUGAAAAGACUUUACAGGACAGUACACCUGUACCAGUCAAGGCACAAAACCAAAAUUUCACCCUUCAGCCUUUGAAAAAAACUGUUUUUUGUGAUAUCAGUGAUGAUGGAUUGGAAGAUCUAAAAGAAAAUAAGGAGGAGUUCUAUGUCAUCCAUGAGGAAGUGCUACCCAUCACUGCAAGAUGGCUGAAAAUUCCCUUUCUUAGUACCCGUAUUCUAAAACCACAGAUAAUUGGACAUGAGGAAGACUAUGAGGGAAUUGAGCAAUGUGGUCAAACAGAGCCAAUCACUCAGAGAAUCAAAAACAUACUCAAAGAAUAUGAUGACGAAAGAGAUAUUUUUAAAGAGCUCAUACAAAAUGCCGAAGAUGUGCGAGCGCCUGUGGAUUUAUGCUGGACUUCAGAAUGCACCCUUCUGAAGGACUUAUUGAUGAUGGUAUGGCUCUAUGCAAUGGUCCUUGUCUUUGGGCUUUCAACAAUGAGCUGUUCUCAGAGGAUGAUUGGAGAAACAUUGUUAGAGUUGGCUCUGCAUCAAAAGAAAACAAAUUUGAGAAAAUUGGGAAGUUUGGACUGGGAUUCAAUGCUGUUUACCACGUGA